UGGUUGUUGUGUUGCCAUCAAAGCCGUAGCCCUCGCGCUCCAGUCGUUACUGUUGUCCUAGCUUCAAUAGAGUUAGCAUGAGAAAAGGAGAACCGUCCUGAGGUGAGGUAAAGAUGUCGGUAGAGGUGGAUGUUUUGCUGCAGGAGGCGAAGGAGAGUAUAGAAGCAGCACAGAACUAUAGGAGUGAACUGCAGCAGAGACUACAGGGGCUCAGUCAGGCACGGAAACAGGUUCGAGGCAGCUCCACUCACACUCGUGAGACCCUACGGAGACACUUUCAGGAACUGCAGACGGCACUGAGUCGCCUGCUGAGCGACCGGCUCAACACACUCCUGCAGGAAGUGGACGCCAUCGAGCAAGACAGCGUCAGCCCGCUGGACGACUGCCAGAAACUCAUUGAGCAUGGAGUCAGCAUGGCAGAUGAGCUGCUGCGCGAGGGAGAAGCUGCUAUUCGCUGUGGGAUCAGUGAUAAAGAGGAUAAACUCUGCAGCUUCGCUAAGAAAGCCCUCAACAUCCAGCUGGACAGUCUCCCAGAGGUUCCUGCACUGGUGGAUGUUCCCUGCCUCUCUGCACAGCUGGACGACUCGUUGCUGCACGUGAUGCGUGAGCGGGUGGCACGGCACGGCAGCGUUUCAGCACACCCCCCUGUACAGAUCGAGGAGCUGGUGGAGAGACCGGGCAGCGUGUUUGUGCGCUGGUGUAAGGUGGAUGAAGACUUUAACCCUCAGGAUUACCGUCUGCAGUAUCGCCGCAGUAACGCGACUCAGUAUGAGGACGCGUAUAUCGGUAGGGAGUGUGAGUUUCUGGUGCUGCACCUGGACCCACACACUGAUUACCUGUUCAGAGUGUGUGCACGAGGAGAGGGAAGAACAGAGUGGAGCCCGUGGAGCGUCCCACAGACAGGAUACACCACCCUCAUACCACAUGAGUGGUGUCCAGGAGUAGAUGGGUAUAUCCUGAGCAGUAGGAAGAACAUUGCGAUGCGCAGUGACUCUAACACCGGCGGAGGAGGCGUGCUCUACUCCAGCUCCCCAACUUACUUCUGUGGACAAACCCUUACGUUCAAGAUUUCAGCAGCUGGGCAGAUGGAUAAGCGAGACAGUGUUGGUGUGUGUGUGGAUAACCAGAGUGGAGCAGAAUCCCUGCAGAGAGAUCAGGCCGUCUGCAUCUCCACCAACGGUGCUGUGUUUGUUAACGGGAAGGAGAUGACCAAUCAGCUGCCCGCCAUAACAGUGGGUUCAGCUGUAACAUUCGAUAUGGAGGUGGUCAGCCUGUUUCCUGUCAACAACAACAACCCCAGCGACGGUGGCAACUUCAAACUGAGAGUCACGAUUGGCUCAGGAAACCGCGAGGUGGUUUUUUAUUGGCUGCUGGACCAGGUGGUGGACUGCCUGUUUUUCGGCUGUUCCUUUGUGCACCCUGGUUGGAAGGUGCUGGUGUUCUGAAGCAGGUGAUUCCGUUCCUGUGGUUUAAAGAGGAAAAUAAUCGAGGCCUGGUGAACACUGCCAGAACUGCAACAGUCUUUUUUUUUCUUUCUUUAUUAUAAUAUUUUUUUUUUUGGUGUGUGAUAUGAUGACGGGUAUCAUUAUUGUGAUUAAUUGCAUCACAGUGAGGCAGUUUCUCACAGAAACCUGCUUCUUUCCAGUAGUUGAUGUUAGUAGUGUUAAAUCACCUCUGCUCUAAACAGCUCCAGCAGAAACGCUCUGUUAUUGUAACACCACAGUGAGCAGAUACGCUAUAUGUCCAAAUGUUUGUCCUAAUGAAUUCAUUCGGCUAGUUUAAGUUGCAUACAUUGCUGACAGAUGUGCAAAUGCACAAAUACAGCUUAUCCAAUGUCUGCUGAGUUACUCUAACAAAAUGUUUUAGGAACAUGUUUGGGCUGCUCAUUGCUAAAAUGUUACUUUGGUAAAGAGUAGUGUUUACUUUGCCUUUGAAAAGCUUUAAAUGUAAAAAAAAAAAUCAAUAACAGCACAUUUCAUCGGUAUCAUUAAAAAACUUCCCUAUAUAGAUAACUAUAUUGGGACACCUACAAAAGCUUUAAUGACAUCCCAUUCUAAAUCCAUAGACAUUAGUGAGGAGUCAGUCCCCCUUUAUAGCUCUAACAGCAGGUUUGAAUUCCCCUAAUGGAAUCAGCAGAGUGUUAAAUAUGGCGUCACAUCAAUGUUGAAAGUCAGGGAUGCAAAAACACCAGAUAAAAAAAAAAUUAACCAUUUUGUGUGUGUAAAUUUCCUUCUCACAGACAACUGAAUAUCACUCGAGCCUCAUUUUCACCUUUUCAAGUGUUUUUGUUUCUCUCAAAUUCACAGUUGUCCUCACGUGCAAUGCGCAUUGCGGCUGUUCUUUUUUCUCAAGCGAAGUUUUUGCGCUCAAUGUAGAAAGGAGUUCACAGGAUUGUUCCACACUUCAAAGACUAAACUAAACUAAGUUUUUUAGUUUAGUGUGCACAUGAUUUUGUUUUGUUUCGUUGCAGUUCCACAGCUGCACUCACAAGAAGGAAAUGUACACAUGCAAACUGUUAAAACUCACAGUUUAUUAUUAUAAUUUUUUUACCUGAUGUUUUUCUGCUCUGACUUUUGACAUUUCUACACUAUGCUUGUCAGCUCUAAACACUUUUUAGUAAUAUCACUCAGCUGAUUGUAAAAUAUCUAGAAGGGGAGUAUUUUCACCAGCUGACUUGUUGUGGUGAAAACCUAUUACAGUACCACACUGGAGAGCCCAUCCAUUCUUUCACUGUUUGUAAAGGUAGACUGCACGGCUAGCUGCCUAAUAUUAUGCAUAUGUGGCAAUGGUACUGAUUAAAACAUAAAUUCAGUGAUUAAGCAGGGUGUUCCAAUACUUUAUCCAUAUAGUGUAACUUUGUUAGACAAAAGACAACAGUGUCUGGUAAUGCAUGUUAGAAAAACUAAAUGAAAUCACUUAUUUCCUGGUUACACCAACUGCAUUUCUGUAAUUUACAUGAUUCACAUCAGUGUAAAACUAAACCCAUUUCAAAUGUAGAAAUAUGUUGUUUUAAAGCUCCUUUAGCUUAACUAAAAAGCUUCACUGCCCAUGCAAGGUCCCCAGGGUUCAAGGAAAAUAAACUUCCUAAAUGUUAAAUAAGCAGGAGAGGUUUUUCCUGCAGGACUUGAACAAAGGUACUUAGAUCACACAUUGCUGUUUAAGAGAAUGUUCAUCUUUGUAAAGGAAGCCCAGUUCUUAAAUGAGGCUACACCACACUGCUGCCAUUUUUAAAUAAACAAAAUGCUAAAUAAACAAAAUAAUUAGAACCCAAAAGUACUCAGUUUACUAUGAUCAACUGUGAAUGGUCAAGUGUGGCUUUUAGUUUUCAAGUCUUAAAAUAAUAUUAAUGUUCUUAUCAGCGUUCGUUUCUCGUAUAUUUGUCCUGUUUUCAUUUCAUAAAUGUGUAUUAUUGUUAUGAUAAAGAUUAGGCUUUUUUCAUUGUUCUGUGUAAAAAUUCAAAUGGUCAGCCUGUAUAGUAUUAAUAGAAUGGUCAGGUGAUGCCUGUUUAGUGCUAUAUUAUAAAACAAGGCACUAAACCUCAACCCUGGAACCUGAUAAACUCACAGGAGCUUCAUAUAUCCCUGUAUCGGUCGUGCCCUAUUCCAGGUAUGUAGAUACACUUUUAUAAAACUGUGACGGUUCACAUAUUUGUUUACCUCAUUUGUUUGUGCCUUCUGAAAAACUAUGAAAAAAAUUGCAAUUGCCACAAACUAAAAUAAAACUAGUAUACACUGA